AGAGACCUACUUCACAGUCCCCACGAGGAAACUGCUCCAGCCUUGCUGCUGCUGUGAGGGGGAGAGAGGACAAUGGGGAGGCUGCAAAGAACCGGCUGAUGCUACAGGCUGGACCUCCGCCGAGCAAUGAGCCAAGCGGAGCUGCUCUGGGCGGCAGCCUCGCUGCUGCUCCUGGGGGCCCUGCUACUAAACGAGACAAGAAGCUGAGCAAGCACAGGAGUCGGCAUGAAAACCAGCAGGGAUUUGAGGUGAUCCGAUCCUAUUCAAUGACAACGACAAGACAAGAUCAAAUGGAAUGGCCGGAAAAUAUCCUACUAACGAGGAAAACCAGUAAGGACCUCCAGGCCACAAGUACAGAAGGUGACAAUGGUGAGCCUAGAUACCAGAAUUUCAUGAGAGAAGACAGCCAGGAGUUGGAUGCAGCCUAUGUCAGCCCCAUAGCUACAGAUUACUACAACUGUGGGAAAUUCUUGAGACCUCCAAAUGUCACAAGACAUUCCCGUGUGGAACCAGAUGAUUCCUGUUCCUAUGAAAACAUGGUGAUCGGGGCAUCCAAUAGCCUAGAGUCUGAUGACACCGAGGACUAUGAAAAUAGUGCAGCGUUUAAGACAUGGCAACAAUCACAUGUGUCAGAAAGCCCAGAUGAUGAUCCAGAUUAUGUUAACUCAGACAUUGCAACUGUGCUGAACUAAAGGAACCUCUUCUACAAUCUGUGGGAAGCUAUUUACAAUGCUACAGAAGUGUAUGUUUCAUCUUGAAGAUUGCCACACAAGCAGAGCAGAAAGGGGUCCUUUGAUACACAAAUGUGAUGGAAUAACCUGCCCUCCAUACUCUGCCAAAUGUAGUUAACUAACAUCAGUGCACACUGCUGAAAAUAAAUGCAUUGGAUCCAGAUGUCCCACAAAAAUACAACUAGAAAAAUCAUGUGGAAGAAGGCCUCUUCCCCCCAACAUGUGAAUAUCAGCUGCUCACUGCAGCAGUUCCAAGAGAAAUGCCAAGGUUUUGUUAUUCUAUCAUAUUUUCCUCCACGUCCAUUCAAGGGAGUGAUGGCUUGUCUGCUCAACAAUGUUUUCUGCCGUCAAGUGUGAAAUGAAUCUUUAAACUGCUGAGUAGCAACACAAUUGAUGGUUUAACUUGCCAAACUGACUCCUGUAAGGAGGUAUUAAAGCUGAUGGAUUAUAUUUUUCAUUUUGUUCCCACUAUAGCAAAGCUCUUGGACAGACACUGCUUCUAAAAGAAGGAUCCAACCUUCCAGACAGAUGCCAAGUGUUUAGAAAGGGCGUAGUUCUGUAUUGCUAAGUAAUAAAUGGAAGCACUCACAAAUGGUAAAGGACCAAAGGACAAACAGGAUCACUGCAGCUACAGAUAAUAUUCCGACUCUCUUUCCUUGUGUAUUUGAGAUGGAUUGCUGUAAAAUCCAUAGGAGUUGAGACAGCUCACAGAGCACUUAGCUCAUCUUCACCCCAUUGUCAGCCUCAGGAAUUGCACCCCCUUUUCAGAAUUGCUGUAGAGAAGGAUGUCGGUGCUAGAACUCACACUUCGCAGCUGAUGAUCCAUGCUUCAGUUAUAACUGUGUUCAUGAGCAUAGUGUUUUACCUGGCAAUGUUCUAGCAUGCACUUGCUAAGAACAUAAGAACGGCCAGACUGGGUCAGAACAAAGGUCCAUCUAGCCCAGUGUCCUGGCUUCUAAC